AUGCGCGUUUGGCACCACCUUCUCUGGCCCAACAGCAAGGCUUUCAACCAGGGCUUUCUCAGAUCCCAGCAAGCUUUCAUGCAAAGUGGUUUGUCUCAGCCAUCACCAGUAGUUCUGUCUGGUACAGCCUUACACAACUUUCCAGCAGUACAACACCAGGAGCUUGCUAAGGCCCAGUCAAGCCUGGCAUUUCAACAGACUUCUAAUACACAACCUAUUCCUAUCUUAUAUGAACAUCAACUUAGUCAAGCUUCAGGACUGGGAGGCUCUCAGCUUAUUGAUACACACAUUCUCCAGGCCAGAGCUACGCUCACUCAGGCUUCAAAUCUGUACUCUGGGCAGGUUCAACAGCCUGGCCAGAGCAAUUUCUACAACACUGCACAGUCUCCCAGUGCUCUCCAGCAGGUGACGGUACCUUUGCCAGGAUCACAAAUUUCUUUGCCCAACUUUGGAUCCACAGCACAGCCACUUAUUGCCCUACCCCAGUCUUUACAACCACCACUACAGCACACACCACCACAAGCGCAGGCUCAAAAUCUAAGCAGACCUGCACAAGUAACCCAGCCUUUCAGAGGAUUAAUCCCAGCAGGAACUCAACACAGCAUGAUUGCUGCAGCUGGAAAGAUAUCCGAAAUGGACCUGAAGGCCUUUGGAGGUGGCAUUGAUGUUAAACCUGGAACACCACCAGUUACUGGUAGAAGUACUACUCCAACCUCCAGUCCCUUCCGGGCCAGUUCUACAAGUCCUAACAAUCAGUCCAAUAAAAUGAACAGCAUUGUCUACCAGAAGCAGUUUCAGUCAGCAGCUGCCGCUGUGAGAAUGACGCAGCCAUUUCCUGCACAGUUUGCACCACAGGCAAAGCAGAGAGCAGAGGUACUUCAGUCAACCCAGAGAUUCUUUUCUGAGCAGCAGCAGCAGCAGAGCAAACCCAUAGGAGGCAAAGCGCAGAAAGUGGACGAGAACGGGAGCAAACCCACCGAGGCAAUUGCUGACUCUUCAGGAGUCUGCCAGGACAAAGCCGAGGAAAAGCCAACCCCUGCUCCUGCUGCGGCAACAAAACCUGUUAGAACUGGACCAAUCAAACCUCAGGCAAUCAAAACUGAAGAAACAAAAUCUUAGGAGGCUGUGUUUCCAGGGAGGUGGGGGAAGAGGGGAGGGUGAGUGAGAUGACAGCAGCAUGAAUUUGUAG